AUGGCGCAGAGGAUGUUGCCACUGGUCGUGACCGCGAUGGUCAAUGUCGCCUUGGUAUCCGGGAGCACAUCGUCCGGAUCCUGCUACAAUUUGACUGCGCACGCAGUGACCUGCAACGUGACGGAGUCGGCGUGCGAUGGCGGCAACAUGUGGUAUGCUCCCGGGUACGUGUCUCCGCGGAGUGGCUGCUGCCAUUGCCAGGCAUCCUGUGAGAACGUGUCGGACAGCUGCAGCUACUACGACGCAGUGGAACAGCCUCAGGAUGAGAACUGGGGCUGCUACGAUGCCAGCGUGCACCGCUGUGACUGCGACGAGUCGGAGGUGGGCUGUGCUGCGAAAGGCGCAGACCACUCGUGGACGUCGGGAUGCAGAUCCUGUGCCUCGCAGGGCUCCUGCUACGAUGUCACGAGCCAUGCAGUCAGCUGCGACGUGCCGGAGACGGCGUGUGCAUCGCCGAGCUCGUGGUAUGCUCCGGGGUACGUCUCUCCUCGGUCAGGUUGCUGCCACUGCAUGGCCUCCUGCCAAGCCACAUCGGAGAACUGCACGUACUACGACGAGAUUGACCCGCCGCAGCAGGAGACGGAACGGUGGGGCUGCUACGACAUGGCCUCGCACAGCUGCGAGUGCGACACAACGGAGGCGGCGUGCGCCGGGACUUGGACGAGGUCUUGCUCAAGUUGCGACGCGGAGGACAACGUCGCCACGUCGGGUGCGGCAACGAGGGGUGCCGUGGUUGCCCUGCUGGUGCUCCUUGCCAGCUUCUUCCUGACCGAGGCAGGCACUGGCUGUUACAACGUGGAGACCCACAAGUGCGACUGCAGCACCACGGAGUCACAGUGCCAUGCCCAGCAAGGAGCCUGGACGGACGGGUGCCGGUCUUGCGACGCAGUGAGCAACGAGCAGCAUCCCGAGUGCCAGAAGCAGUACUCCUGGGGCUGCUUCGAUGAGGCCAGCCAUGCCUGCCAGUGCACGGUCUCCGAGCGAGCCUGCGACCUGGCGGCCAACAAGUCCUGGACCCACGAGUGCUGGUCAUGCUGCCACGGCUCGUCCUGGGGCUGCUUCGUGCCGGGAGGUGGCCCGGAGUCUGGCUGCCACUGCAACAUCUACGAGGGUGCUUGCGCUCUGGAUUUUCCGGAUGCGACCUGGUCGCACCAGUGCUUUGAGUGCGAGGAGGAUCAAGAACGGGACAAUCUCGAGGAGCCGAGCAGUGGGAACAGCGACGACGCCGCCGUGAUUGCCGCUGUGGCCGUGUCCGCCACAGCCCUGGUAGCGGCCGCGGGAGUUGGCGUCUACUGCCUCAUCUCCAGGAUGUUGAAGCCAAAGCCCGUGAACGAGCCGUACAACAGCCCUCAAAUCGACAACUCUGAUGUGGUGGUUGGCCGCGCAGUGCCUUCAGCUGGGACGGCUGGCACGGCCCUCAAGGCGGAGAUUUUGCACGUGUACAGCUGCGCAGCUACAACUCUGCGGCAGUUCAAACGCGUCUACCUGUCCAAGCCCCAGCACCCACCCGCCUUGAAUCUGCCCAGCUGUCAGGAUGAUGACGGACAGGUCCCGAGGCUGCCCCCGCUCUUCUCGGUCCCUCAGCUCCCCGGGCCGGUGGUGCGCUCCAACUCCGAGCCGCCUUUGCGCUUGAACACCCUCGCCGUCGAGGACGAAGCAAGCCCAGAAGAGGUGGCCGAAGAGGAGCAGGCGGAGGAUGAGGCGCUGAGUGCCUUAGACUCCUACGUCAAGGGCCGGAACUCGGAUCUGCGCGCCGGGGAUAAGCUGCAAGGGGACGUCGAGGCGGCGCUCCGUGUCGGUUGGUGGACGGUGCUCCUCUCCCUCCCCAUCAUCAUCUGGCCUGCGGCGCAGAAGCUGCAAGAGAUCGGAAGCUUGCAGCGCGUAUUCCUGGACUUCUGGGGUUCCAUGCUCCUGCAAUUCCUCUUCUGCGUGGGGCCGACACUGGGUGUUAGCGUGCGGUACACCCUGGAGGGUUGGCUGGGCACUGCGCUGGCCACGCUGAACAUGUUGCUGCUCAACAACGCCGGCCACUGGAUGGCAGGUGGAGCCUUUGCCAACCGCUUAGAGUUCAACAGCACUGCCACCAACGACACGGUGAUCACCUCAAGGUGGCUUCCGCUGUGCAACACCAAUGCGGAUCUCAGUUAUCAGGGCUGCAUGCUCAACCUCAACACUGACCUGAUGACCGAGGCCGAAGUCGCCAAGGCAGCGGUUGUCCUGGCUGACACCAUCGUCUUCAUGGCCAUCAUGUUGUUCUUCGGCUUCAACACGAACGUCCGGCUCUUCAGCAUCUCCACCCACAUCUACCUGGCCAUGAGCUUCCUUGAUCCGAGCACCGGGGCCUUCGACCUCCAGCCAUCGCUGGCCACGAACUACUUCAUCAUUGUCUCCAUCUCCUCCCUAGCCGUGGUGCUCUGCUUUCUGCUGCCCAGGCCUCUAACAUCUACGGCCCAGGCCCAGAGGAUUCUGCGGGAGACUGGGUCGGCGGUGGCGAUGAUCCUCGAGUCCCUCCCGCUGACGAGUUCGGAGCUCUGUCGAGGCAAGGCCCAGGCGGCGAUGGGCGAGAUGACCAUCCUCAUGAAGGACUUGGAUUUUCACCUGGGCCACAUGUGGUUCGAGGACUUCAGCAUCCUCCGAAAACGGGCGCGCUACCGACGCUGGUUGCAGGCCUUCGCGGAGAUUCUGAAGACCUCCAUGCAGAAUUUCGACGCUGUCCUGUGCGCGGCCGCGGCCGUGCCGACGAAGGAGUCCGAGCAGAUGGUGAACAUGUUGCCAUCACUUCGCCACCAGUGCGCCCUGGUGUCCAGCACGCUCAAUGCGCUGAUGGCCGUGAAGACUCCAGACGAAGUGAAGCCGGUAGUCGAUGUCCUGCUUGAGAAGAAGCAGGCCCUUCAGAUGCAGCUGGCGUCCGAAUUCUUGCAAGGUCAGCAGCCGGAUCGGCUCCUGCUGCCGCCGGCCCUGGUUUUCAGCCUCACCCUGGCCGGGGUGGUGAAGGACACCUGCGACUCGCUGUCCUCCCUGGCCCUCUAUGGCUUGGAGGAAGACACCGUGAGGUCAUGCUGGUGGAGGUCUCUGCAGGCGCACUUGGAGAUCAAGGUGUAUGAGCGCCAGAUCACGCACCCCCGCUUCGUCCUGCGGUACACGAUCUCCCUCACUCUCACCUUCCUCAUUGGCUGGCUUGGCAUUUCAAACGUCAUUGCGCCGUACUCCUCCACCCCAGCGUCCACGGUGAGUGUCAUCAUCUACACCUUCACGGCCUCAAGCCUGCCUCUGACGCUGCGGCGUUUGAACGGGGUUGUGUUGGGCACUGUGGUCGGCAGCAUUGCGCAGCGCGUCUUCGCAAUCCAACUCCCCUUCCGCGCGGUUUGCUUCGGAAUCUUCCAGCUGGUCACGGUCACAGCGCUGAUCCUGGUGAGCUUUCAGUCAAAGCAGCACGGGAGCCUGGCGUUGCUAACGGUGGCGUUUGCCACCUCAUCGUCGAUGCCUCCCAACGGCCUCUUCCGGGAUUACGAGGUGAAGCUAACCUCUGCCGAUGGCAGCUUCCUCUUCGCAAAGAUUGUGGGAACCUUCAUCGGCGUUGCCGUGCUGUUGCUCGUGGACCUGAUUUUGUCUUCCAGCGCCCGAAGGCAGGCGAAACAGCGGAUGCUGCGAGGGCUGAGCCGGGUCUCGUGCUUUGUUAAGGAGGUGCUGGAUCCGGAGGACCUUCAGCCAACAGAGGCAGACGACGUCGAGAAGGGCUUCCAGAGGCAGGUGGACUGGCAAGACAAGAUCUACGAAGACCUGGAUGAGCUCGCGAACCUGCUGCCCUACGCCCUGGACGAGCCUGGCACCCUUCCAUUUCAAGCGGAUCUCUUCCGUGACCUGGAGAAAGGCCUGCGCAUGGUGACGCGGCACUUCCGAACCAUCCUUUGGGCCAUUCAGAUCUUGGAGAAGCCGCAGAAGCGCAUGACUCUGCGAGCGGGCUCCGUCAUUUACAAGGCCAAGGCCAAGGCGGCUGCAGCCAAGAGCGAGCCGCUGUUGCGUGGCGAGCUCUUCCGACCCAUCCUUGCCACCUUGGCCGAAGAGAUCCAGCUGAUGCUGAGCAACAUGAAGGUCAUCGUUGCCGGCAUCUACAACAAGAACGACGCGGAGGCUGAGGCCGUCAAGGACCUUCUCCGCAGCAAGCUCUAUACAAAGCCAGUCAGCCGGGCCUUCUGCCGCAUCACGCGGUCGCCCUGGCGCACCGCCUGGAAGGUCGCGGCCCUGAAAGAACCGAUGAUCGAGGCUGCGAAGCCUGCAGCCGAGCUACCUGAGCUCGGCCUUCCUUGCUUGCCGGAGGCUCCGGAUACAGGCGCCGCUGUACCAAGCUUGCGCCGCUGCACCUCGAACCCGGACUUGGCGCUCCAUGUGGGUAACAUGGCCACGGACUUGGCGGCCAGGGACCCGGGGGCGACGCCCACGUCGAUUUCGCCCGGCUUCGCGUCGCGAGGGCUCAGGAGCCUUGCGAUGCGGAACCGCGCGCUGGCCAGCCGGAUGCAUUAA